AUGAAUGAUUUUUUUUUUCUUUUCUUGCAGAGAGCUUGGGCCUCUUUUAUUUUUCUUCGAAAAGAAAUCCCCUUUCUAACCCCCUUUUUUUUGGCUUCUCUGAGAGUAAAGCACCGGAUCAGCGCAGAACUAGAUUUCUGCGGUUUGCCGGUGUUCUUUCACACGACUUUACCCUGCCAUAUUUCAGGAAGGGGUGGAGGGGCACCAGGGUUGGAGGGAUUGGUUUGGCUUCGGUUUGGCUGGCUUGGAGUAUAG